CUUUAUUUUUCUCUCCGAGGCACAUUCAUUAAGAGAGUUCAUCAUAAAGCAAUUGAUAUCUUGCCAUCAUUUAUGGCUUCCUUUUGGUCAUUCUCCGGAAUGUUGAUGGCCUUAAUAGCAUGCCAUAGUUCAUUGGCCUUGGCUUCUCACCAAAACAUGCAUGUUUCCACCAUCUCAGCAGCACCAACAACAUUACCAGGUGCCCCUCUUUACUUCUCUCCUACCAUAUCACCAGAUAUUGAGCCCUUGUUUCCCACACCAGGAGGUGCUGCUUACACUCCAUCAGAAUCCUCAUUACCCACAAUCCCUGCUAGCCCCAGCCCUCCCAACCCAGAUGCCAAGGGUAAUCCAGGGUCUGUUUUGGCUUUUCCACCUUCAGAGUCUAUGCCAGCUUUGGCUCCCUCUUCUCAUGCUGUAUCUCUACCACUUUGUUCAGUAUUAUAUCUAGCCUUUCUGCUCAUUUGCAUGAUGCAGCUUCAUGCCAUGUGAGUUGUAGAUGUUGUUGUUUUUCUACAUAUUUUCUGAAAGCAUGUUUUCUCAGCAUUGACUGUUCAGUAUAUCGAGCAAUCAAGGCAUUCUAGGUACCACACACAAACAAACAUAAACUUCCUCGAAGAAUGCCACUUCCGGGGGGAACAUUCAAAAUUCAAAACCUCAAACAAGC